AUGUCGGAAUUUGUGUCAUCAAGUGGGGACGAUGAUCGUGCCACCCUUGAAGCUAUAAAUCCCCCUGAACUCAAGUCUAGUCAUACCUCUGGUAGCUCCUUCACCUCAGUCUUGCUUCCUGUCUCUUGUGUGUUUCCUGAGACCAUGCGGGCAUCUCUGACCUUCUGGGUCUUCUGCAUACUGCUGACCACCGGACUUUGCUUGCAAUGUGAAUACUGCAGAAGUGACACUCACUCCUGCAAUGGGGUCCCGCAUACGUGCGCACCGGAGGAAAACGCCUGUAUCAUCCUUACCACAGAGGUCAGAAAAGGGAUGGAGGUAACUGUGGCUACCUAUAAAGGCUGCACCAGACCCAGCUACUGUGCUUCCUCCCCCAUGAGCAUCCGAAUCCCUUCCUAUCAUCAACGGAGAGCCAACAAGUGUUGCCAACAAGAUCUUUGCAACUCAGGAGCGGUGCAACUGCCACCCCUACGGCUCAACCUAAACAGGAUGCAGUGUCCUGGAUGCCUGUCAUCGGAUCCAAAAUGCCCGCCCACUGAGAUCAUCAACUGCCGAGGCUGGGAGGUCUUUUGUGUCUUCUAUGAAGUGUGGACUGAUGACGGUGGCAGAAUCUCCACCAUUUCAAAAGGGGGCUGUGGAAACAAAGAAGCAUGUAUGCAUGAGCCAAACAUCAUUGGAGUUCCUGGGCUGUUUCUGGAAACAAUCAGGAGGACAGAAUGCACUCAUGCUCCCAUGCUGCGUCCCAAGUAG